AAGCACAAAACCCAAUAAAACCAAAAACAAAAGUCACUCUUUCACACAUUACUUGGCUCACCCAACCCCACAUUCCCCUCUACUUUUGACUUUGACAUCCAUUGUUUCCCUCCCAAAUUCAUUUCUUCACUUCUCUACUCUCUCCAACAUACUCUUCAAUACCCAAAACCAUCAUUUCCAUCCAUGAACAACAACAAACCUCCAUUUCAUCAUCACCACAACAACCACCACCCACAUCCUCCACCACCACAUAACCGCCCUAACUACCCUCAACCACCACCACAUAACCGCCCUAACUACCCUCAACCACCACCACAUAACCGCCCUAACUACUCACAACCACCACCCUAUAACCGCCGUCAACCACCAAAACCUCCCAAAUCAACUCUUUCAUCAUGUAUUGUAGCAACCAUUUUCCUCCUUUUUCUCAUAAUCCUCAUCUUCAUACUAUACUUCUCUCUUUUCAAACCCAAAAACCCAUCCAUAUCCAUAACCGCCGUUACACUCCCUUCCUUCACUCUCUCCACCAACUCCUCCACAGUCAGUUUCACCUUCUCCCUCUACGCCGCCGUUAAAAACCCUAACCGCGCCGUAUUUACCCACUUCGACAGCUCACUUCAACUUCUCUACUUAGGUAAUCAAGUCGGGUUUAUGUUCAUACCCGCCGGAAAAAUCGAGCCGGGUAAAACGGAGCUUAUGGCGGCGACUUUCUCCAUUCAAGAGUUUCCGAUCUCGAAAGGGAAUGUUCCGACGACUGCGAUGAGUAUUGGGCCGCCAGUGAGUGAUGGAAUAGAGAGAGUAAAACCGGCAAUGGAGGUUGAAAUGAAGAUGGAAAUGGUGGGGAGAAUUAGGGUUUUAUGGUUUUUUAGUCAUCAUGUUGAAACAGUUUCGGAUUGUCGGGUUGAGAUUACUAUCUAUGAUGGGUCUGUGCUUGGUUUCCAUUGUUAGCUCACGUUAAGUUUUUUUUUUUUUUACAUUUUAUUUUUUUUUUAUUUUUUUGGAGUAUUUGAAGAAUACUUUUUGGGAUCUGUGUGAGGACUGAAGACUGAGAAGGAAUUUUUUCAUUGAACAAGUAGUGUAGUGGCGGAAUUUUUUUUUAAGUUGGAUUUUAAUUGUAAAAAGAU